CUCCUCUGCAUAUAUAUAGGAUUGGACUUAUACACAAAUACAUACAUACACAUAACAUCAAAAGGUCGUGAUCAUGUCGUAUUCAACAACGAAACGAUCACUGGAGAUUGAGUUAAUCUCAGCGGAAGGACUCAAGGUGGAUCGAAAACCGGUGAAGAGAAAGACAUUCUGCGUCGUGAGAAUCGAUGAGAAAUCUAAGAAUUCGAAAUUGGACGAACCGGGUGGGAGUUAUCCGGUUUGGAAAGAUAAAAUCGAGAUGGAGAUGCCGGUUAACGGGAGUGUAAGGUUUAUCUCCAUUGAGGUAUUGUAUCGAACAGGUGGUGGGGUCGAGAAGAGUGUUGGGCACGCCAAGAUUCCGGUGACGGAUUUUAUGGGAGGAUUCGCUCCUCAGGGGCAUUUGAAUUUCUUGAGUUACAGAUUGAGAGACGAGUACGGAGACAAAAGCGGAAUCGUCAAUGUUUCCAUUAUGGUUAAACCCGAGGGUCGCGAUAUUAAAUAUUCGUCGCCGUCGCCUUCGAUGGUGGUUCCGGCGGAUUACGCUGCGUGUUCUUCGCAGGCUGCAGCGGCGGCGAAUGGUCAAAUGUGGACAUCUUCUUCGCAGGCUGCGACGGUUGGUUAUGGCCGUCGCGUAGUCACCGGAGUCCCUGUUUGGUGUGCGUAUCAACGGCCGUUUUAAUUCUUUCUUCUUUUUUUUUUUUGCCAAAUUGGGUGGGAUUCAGGGUGAAAAAUACGUUUGAUUAAUCGUGAAAUCUUAUAAAUUUAAUUAGAAUGAAGUAAAUAAAAGCUCCAUUUUAUAU